AGACUGGAAACUGAGGAAGUUCUAGAAGUAAAAGAAAAAAUGAGAUGUGUUCAAAUGAUGAGAGCAGUCAAUUCAGCAGCCUAAAACAGGACCAGAACAUUCAAUGGAAUCUGAUCAUUAGGGGCCAAAAACCUGUUUGUUUAACAUGUGAGGAGACUCAUAGCCUAAAAGUGAAAAAUCAAGUUGAACUAACAUUAUUGAUGUUGAGUAACAGAUAAAUCUUCAGGGAACAGAAGAGGAGCACAUAUCUGUGAAGAAAGAAGAGGCACAGUCAUUUUUCAACCAGGUAACAUCUAGCAAGGCUGGGAUUGGCCAUUCAGAAUGGGGGUCCACCAUGAGCAACCAACCUGGGGUACCAGUGCAUCAGCUGAAUGACAGCCCUAAACAAGGCUACCAUAAAGGGAGUACCAUUUUCUUUCACUCUUUUUGGGGAAGGGCAUUGCUGUGGUUUGGUUGUGUCCCCAGCCAAGUCGCUCAUCUUGAAUUGUAGCUCCCAUAAUCACCACGUGUUGUGGGAGGGACCUAGUGGGAGGUAAUUGAAUCAUGGAGGUAGGUUUUCCCUUCCUGUUUUUCCAUGCUCUCUGCUACCAUCUAAGAUGUGCCUUUGUUCCUCCUUCACCUUCCACCAUGAUUGUGAGGUCUAUCCAGUCAUGUGGAGCUGUGAGUCCAUCAAACCUCUUUUUCUUUAUGAAUUACCCAGUCUCAGGUGUUUCUUCAGAGCAGUAUGAAAAUGGACUAAUACAGGCAUCAAAUGGAAGUCUCUUCAUGUAUAUCUCAACUCCUGCCACGUGACCAUCAUCUAUCUGUGAGAGGCAACACUUUUGCUUUCUUUAUUUUUUUAAUCCUCAUUCCCUAUUUCCAGUUGCCUUCCCUUCUGAGCAAGCUCUCUAAUGCAUUUGACAUGUAACCUUAAAUUUGAAUCCAUUCUUAUAAAGCAUGCAGUAUUUUUUUUCCUGUGGCUGUAUUUUAACUUAGAUAUAAGAAAUUGUGAUAGACCUUUUUCAUAUAUUUGUUUUGCUCCUUCCUGGGUAUAUAUACACAGCCCACUUUUUCAUUGCUUAUUCCAUUGUGUACAUAUCCCACAGUGUAUCAUUCAGAACUCAGGCUGCAUGUGCUAUUUUGCCUUCCCUUCUCAAUGUCGCAAACAAUGCUGUGAUAAAUAUUGUCCAUCAUGUUCUCUGGUGGAAUCAGGUGAGACUUCCUUUAGGACUUAUACCCAGGUGGCAUCAGCUGGGUUUUAGGAUCUCAGAUGUCUAAAUAAUGCUUCCAGCUGUGUUGCCCAAAACAUGAAUCUAGAUACUAGAGAUUUUAUGUUUUCUGUGAGUCUAUGUGAAGUACACAGCACCGUGUAUAGAAUGGUAUUGCCAAUUUAAAAAAAAAGGAAGGCAAGAAUAAAUGUAGCUGAGUGAUGCUAAAUGGGGUGUACAUGUAUGAUUAUCUCCCUCUCUUGUUUUUUUUUUUUUUUUUUUUGAGAUGGAGUUUUGCUCUUGUUGCCCCGGCUGGAGUGCAGUGACAUAAUCUCAGCUCACUGUAGCCUCCGCCCCCUAGAUUCAAGCGAUUCUCCUGCCUCAGCCUCCCGAGUAGCUGGGAUUACAGGCAGCCACCACCAUACCUGGCUAAUUUUUUGUAUUUUUAGUAAAGACGGGGUUUCAUCAUGUUGGCCAGGCUGGUAGUGAUCCACUCGCCUUGGCCUUCCAGAGUGCAGGGAUUACAGGUAUGAGCCACCAUGCCUGGCCGAUUAUCUCUUUUUUGUGAGAUGCUUUUGUGUAUGUUUGGGAAUUUGUAUAAUGAAAAUGAUACCUAAAAACAAACGCUUGUGGGCUGAAGCCACUGCUAUUUGGUGUUCAGUGGUAUGUGGCUGAACCCAGUCCUCUCUCGAUUUAUUGAACUUAUACAACUGCAGCAGAUUGGGACAGGUUCUCUUACAGUACGGAAAUAUUGAGCUUUACUUAAAGAACUUUGGUAAUGGGAUAAAAGUGAACUAAACAAAAAUACAUCUCCCUCAAUCAGAUGCUAAGACUAGCAUUUAGUUAUAACUUUUAACUCUUUUAGCUUAACAUUCUUAGCCUCAAAUUUGUCAUAAAUUUCUUAACCACAGUUUUCAAGUGGGUGGCAAAUUCUGUGUCAUAAGUUAACAUGUAAAAGACAUAUACUUUUUCAAAAUUUUGAACAUAUUUCAUUGUUUUCUUACCUUCUUAGUGUUGCUAUGGAAAUGCCUGAUAGCAAUCUGUUGGUUAUUCAUCUUUACUGACCUCUUUUAUCUCUGGAACAUGCUAAUAAUUUUCUCUUUGAGUUCUUAUUAUAAUGUGUUUAGUAUGGGAUAUUCAGUUAUUCAUUAUAUUAUCCAAAUGUGUACUCUCUGAACACAUUUGAUCUGAUGUUGUAGAUAUUUGUUUAAUUCUGAAAAAUUCUUGGUACUGCUUUUUCAAAUAUUAAUAGUUCCUCUGCUCCAUUUACUCUUUUUUUUCUUCUUCUGGGAACAGAAUAACAAAAAAUAUGUGGGAACUAAAAACAACAAUAACUAAAAUUAAAAGCUCACUACAUGGAAUCCAUAGGAGAGUGGAGAUGAGAGAGGAUGUAAUUAGUUAACUGGAAGGCAGACUGAGAAAACAGACUGAAAAUAAAUGCAUAUAAUCUCAGCUGUCUAUGGACAUUAAUGUAAGCGCUAGCCUUUGCAUCAUCAGAGUCCCAGAAGGAAAGGAGACAAAAAUGUGGGUCUGAAAAUAUAUUCAAAGAAAUGUCCAAACUAAUCAAAUUUGGCCAAAGAUCUAAAGCUACAAAUUCAAGAAUCUGAUUCGAUCCCAGAUAUAAUAAGCCCAAAGAAAUACACACCAAGACACAGCAUAAAUAAACUUCUGAGAAGUGAAGACAAAGAAAAUACCUUAAAAACAGACAGAGAGAAAUAAUCAUUUAUAAAGGAAUACCAUUUCUAAUUGUAGUGAAUUUCUCAUCUGAAACAAUGGAAGCCAGAAAAAUGUGACACAUUGUUGUGCAAAUGCUGUAAAAGACAAACAGCCCGACUGAAGAAACAUUUCUCCAAGGACAUACAAAUGAGCACAUUGUACAUGUUCAAGGUGAGGAUGCUCAAUAUCAUUAGUCGUUAGGUAACUACAAUUCAAAACUUGGGUACAUCUGCUGGAUGGCUAUAAACAGAAAGCCAAUAUAAGUGUUGGAGAGAUUGUAGAGAAAGGAGAACACUCCUACAUUGCUGGAGAGGGUGUCAAAGUUGUAGCCACUUUGUAAAACUAUUGGGUAGUUCUUUUUUCUUUGAGACGGAAUUUCUCUCUUGUUACCCAGGCUGGAGUGCAAUGGCACGAUCUCGGCUCACCGCAAUCUCCGCUUCCUGGGUUCAGGCAAUUCUCCUGCCUCAGCCUCCCGAGUAGCUGGGAUUACAGGCACGCGCCACCAUACCCAGCUAAUUUUUUGUAUUUUUUUUUUUUAGUAGAGACGGGAUUUCACCACGUUGACCAGGAUGGUCUUGAUCUCUUGACCUCAUGAUCCACCCGCCUCGGCCUCCCAAAGUGCUGGGAUUACAGGCUUGAGCCACCGUGCCCGGCCGGGUAGUUCUUAAAAAUGUUAAAAAACAGAGUUGCCAUAUGACCCAGUAGUUCUACUAUUGGUUAUGUAUUCAAGAGAAAUGAAAACGCAUGUCCACAUGAAAACUUGUACAUGAAUAGUCACAGUAACACUGUUUCUAAUAGCUAAACAGUGGAAACAAAAUAGCUGUCACCUGACAAAUAUUACCAUAUGCAAGAAACAUAUAUAUCCCUUCAGUGGAAUAUUAUUCAGCCUUUAAAAGGAGUGAGGUACUAAUACAAUCUAUAGCACAAGUAUACCUACAACAUGGACAUGCCUGGAAAACAUUAUGCUAAGUGAAAGAAUAAUUAUUCAAUUACAUUUUCAUGACAUCUCCAGAACUGAUAUAUCUAUCAAGACAAAACAUUGGUGGUUGCCUGGGACUGUAGGAAUGAGGACUGUGGUAAGCUGAUAAAUAAAUGGCUUCUUAAAAAAUAUCUGUGUCCAUAAACUGUGAACUGUCGACCAAAAAAACAAAAAAUCUGUGUCCUAGUCCCUGGAACCUGUGAUUAUUACCGCAUAUGGCAAAAAAAAAAAAAAAAAAAAAAAAAAGGAUCUUUGCUGACGUGAGUAAGUUAAACAUCUUGAGAUGGGGAGAUUACGCAGAUGAGCACGGAAUGCAAUCACGUGUAUCCUUAUGUAACAGGCAGAGGGGGAUUUGAACACAAACAGGAGAAAGUGAUGUGAGGUUGGAGCAGAGCAAGAUUGAAGAUGCUGGCCUUGAAGACUGGAGUAAAACAGUGAAACCAAAAGAUGCUGGCAGCUACCUGAAGCUGGAAAGGCAAGGAACGAAUUCUUCCCUAGGGUCUCCGGAGAGACUGCAGCCCUGUUGACAUCUUCAUGGCAAUACGGCGAGACUGACUUCAGACUUCUGCCUUCAGAACGGUGAGAUAAUCACGUACCAUUGCUUUAAGCCACCAAGUCUGCAGUAAUAGGAAACUGAUACAGGGAGUGCCUGCCAAUGGGCAUGGGGUUUCUUUGGGGGGACAUGAAGAUGCUGUAAAAUUGGAUUGUGGUGUUAGUUGUACAACUCAGUGAAUAUAUUGAAAACCACUGAAUUGUAUGCUCUAGAUGGGUCACAUUUAUUUUAUUUAUUUAUUUAUUCUUGACACAUAGUUUUGCUCUUGUCACCCAGGCUGGAGUGCAGUGGUACGGUCUCAGCUCACCACAACCUCCACCUCUGGCAUUCAAGCGAUUCUCCUGCCUCAGCCUCCUGAUUAGCUGGGAUUACAGGAGCCUGAAAUGAUGUAUUUCUGUAUUUUUGUAUUAUUAUAUUUUUAGUAGAGACAGGGUUUCUCUAUGUUGGUCAGGCUGGUCUCAAACUCCUAACGUUGUGAUCUUCCCAUCUUGGCCUUCCAAAAUGCUGGAAUUACAGGCGUGAGCCACUGCACCCAGCAGGGUCAGUAUUAUAUUAUGUGAAUUAUAUCUCACAGAACUGUUGAAAAAAUCAUCAUGACCUUGAGUUAAGCAAAGAUUUAUCAGAUAUGACAUAAAAAUAUGAUCCACAAAAAUUAUAUGUUAGACUUAAUCAAAAGAAGUCAACAGAAAGUUCUUCAUACUGUCCUAUUUCCAUUCUGAAAAGAGAGAAACGAUAGGAAAAAAACCCCAGCAGAUCAGUGUUUGUCCGGGACUGAAGGGAUGACUGACAAGGGGCAGGGGAAAGUUUUGGAGAUGAUGGCACUCUUCUCUGUCUCCAUUAUGGCAUUGGAUGCAAGUCUCUAGAACUUGCAGAACUGUUCAUUAAAAAGGGUAAAUAGUACUCUAUGUAGAUCAGACCUUAAUUUUCUCAAGGGAAAAAUAAAUAUAAAGGCAAAACACACUGCUGUGUUAAAUCAAAUGAUGGAUGUAUAAGUCUAAUACAUACAUAUUUUUAACAAUUUUGAUGAAUGCUUCCAAAUUUCUCUCAAGAAAGAUUGCAUCCAGUGGAUACUUCCCUGAUUGGUGAAUGAGUGUUUGAUUCCUUCCACCCUCAUCAGCACAGUGAUCCCAAGGGUCACACUUUUGAUGAUCACUGGCUCAGCACUGGGCACACUGCAGGGGUUUCAUAGAAGCACAGAUUCCAGGCACUUGAAGUCCCACAAGAGAAAAAUCCCCACUCCUGAAGCAACUUACUGUUCUGUUGGGGGAAGGAAUGAAGGAGCAUACUGUGUACGUUAGGGAGGGAGAUGGCCUCUGAACUUAGGGAGCUCAGGAUGUUCUGAGUACUGGGUGGGAAACAUUGAAAAAGGAAGGGUGAAAAAGGAAAACAAAACACAUCUGUAAGUGGAGACGUCUCAAGUGACAACUGUAUCUCAUUCCCGUGCCCCCAGUGCCUACCUAGUCCCAUGCAUAGCAAUGAGAUAGUGGGAAGGAACAAAUGAAUGAAUGAGUGGAGAGACUAUAAAAGUUUAGGGUUAGUUAAGAUAAAAUCCUUAACUUGGGGUUUGGGGGUUCCAGAUCAGUUUAAGAUUGUGGCCAUGCGACUGUAUCUCAUUCCCAUGUCCCCAGUGCCUACCAAGCCCCAUGCAUAGCAAUUAGGUUGUGGGAAGGAACAAAUGAAUGAAUGAGUUGAGAGACUAUAAAAGUUUAGGGUUAGUCUAGAUAAAAUUCUUUGCUUGGGGUUUGGGGGUUCAAGGUCAGUUUAAGAUUGUGACCAUGCAAACUUGAGGACUUUUUGCUUUGAGUCCUGUUAAAAUUAAUGAAAAUGGAGACCAGGCCUGAAGAGUCCCUGAGCAGACAAAAUCAGUCAGGCCUCAUAAGUGAUCUCAACCUUGCUUGAUUUGCAAACAUCAGUGAAACUUAACUUGCGCUAUUUCUUAUAAAUGUGUGUAUUAAGGAAGAACAGAACUUAAGCUCAACCAGUCAGAAGAAGCCAAUGAACUUAUAUAAAUAAGUAGUGUCUUUCCAACAGGCUAGGGCAACUAGGGGAACUGUAGAACUGUAACCAAUUAAAUAUUUUCUUCGCUUUACUCGUCCUGUGGGAGCCUUGCCCUUGCGUCCCGCCAGUGGAGUUCCUCCACCUGUUCUGUUUGGAGCUGCCUGAUUCAUGAAUUGUUGUUUGCUCAAAUAAUCCGUUUAAAUUUUUAUUGUGCCUCAGUUUACUUUUUGACAGUCCCAUCUAAGGAGUAGAAACGUAGCACUGGUGAGUAGGGGGAGCAUACAUAACCAUGGGGGUCCAACUGGACCCCCACACACUGAAGGAGCAGAUGACACAGCUACUGGACAUCAGAAAUCGAUGCUUCUGACUCUAGGCCUUGGGGUAAGUGAAGGGUGAGGUCUUGGGCCAAGUGCUGGGUCAUUUCCACUGGAGCUGUUGGCUGCACAGGCGAGAUAGGGUUGAGCAGGAGGAAGUGGAGGGUGCUUGCCUGUGUGCUGAUGGAGGCUGGAGGCACAGGAGGAAAGGGCUCUGGAGGUGAGGUGGAUGAGGGGAAGCCCUGUGGUGGCUUUAGGAAGCCUGUGGGAGGGACUAGGAGUGUAGAGGGAGCUGAUGGUGAGUAGAGACGACAGGAGGAGAGGCAGAGAGAGGAAUAGAGACAGGAGAUGCAGGGGUAGGGCAGAGGAGGGGCCGUUGGGGUGUAUGUGAGACUCUGUGCAUGGGCAUGUGUGUGUGUGUUUGUGUGAAAGUGAAUAAAAGAGAAAGUGAGAUUGAGUGUGAGUGCAUGUGCACACACACUCAUGUGUGAGAGUACAGAAACCCCUCCCUCUACCCAAACGUUAUGCCCUGAGUCCUACAAUUUGGAUUUUUUUUUCCCCUUGACAAAAGUAAGAUUUCAAGUGAGCCUGUAAGAGGUCAUUCGCAACAGUAAACACAAAGUGACUGUUCUGAGCAGACAGGAACCUGGGAGAGAGAGAGAGAGGAAGGAACAGGAAGAAUGCAACUGCAAUGAAUGAAUGAAUGAGAGUUGACACGAACUUCCCUGUGAAUGUGUGUAUGUAAGAAACUAGGGUCUGAGAUGCUCCAUCUCAGCCUGAGAGCCUGUACUCCUGGGUCUCUGAGCCCAGAAGAUUCCAGGAAAGUCUGUACCUGAGGUUCCGGAAGCCUCACCUCAACGCCAUAGCUGGAUCCUAGGGACCAGUUCCUGGGGGAGGUUGGGAAGGGCUGGGAGCCCUCUGACUGUUAGCCCAACCUGGGCUUGGCCUGCAUACUGGGUGGAGCAGCCACACCUGCCUGAAGUUCCGAGGAAAAGGGCGGAAACAGCUGCCAGCACCGCCCUUGCCCUUGCGAUAGGCUCUAUGGGCUCCUGCGGUCAGCUGGGGACAGUGGGUCCCACACUGCCUCACUUCCCUAAAUGGGUAUCUUCACUUUUAGAACCCCACGUCCUUCCCUGGCAGGCCCAGGUGGCACGUCCUGUGUCGGCUGGGCCCUCACCUUGGAUCCCCGGGGUGCCGUGGCCCCUUGCUGGGCCUGUGACUGCCCAGCUGGAUGGAGCCAUGGUCCCUUCGCUCCUGCUGCUGCUGCUGCUGCUGCCGUGGCCACAGGGCUGCAUCUCAGGCCCCCCCGCCGAGAGCGCAUACACAAAAGUGAGGCACUUUGAAGGGGAGACUCUGUCUGUGUUGUGCUCCUACAAGGGCUACAGAAAUCGUGUGGACGGCAAGGUUUGGUGCAAAAUCAGGAGGAGGAAGUGUGAGCCUGGCUUCACCCGAGUCUGGGCGAAGGGACCCCGCUACUUGCUGCAGGACGAUGCCCAGGCCAAGGUGGUCAACAUCACCAUGACGGCCCUCACUCUCCAGGACUCGGGCCGAUACUGGUGCAUGCGCAACAGCUCCGGGACCCUGUACCCCAUGUUGGGCAUCUGGCUGGACGUGUCUCCAGCUCCCAAAACUGAGAGGAACACUCCUUUCACACAUCUGGCCAACAUCCUCAAGAGUGAAACUGUUACAACUGGCCAAGCCCCUACCUCUGGCCCUGAUGCCCCUUUCACCUCUGGCAUGAUGGUGUUCACCCCUAGACUCUUUACCUUGGCUACCCUCUUGGCCUCCACCGGACCUGCCUCCAAGAGAGGCUACAGCUUCACUGCUACCAGCACCACCAGAAAGGGAUCCAGGAGGACCACGGAGUCCCAGACAGUGACUGCGUCUCCCAGCAAUGCCUCUGCUGUCCAAGAAUCCAUCUCCACUAAGUCUGGUCACCCCAGCACCAGAUCGCCCACCACAGGGCUCUGCCUCACCAGCAGAUCUCUCCUCAACAGACUACCCUCCAUCAGGCACCAGGAUGAUUACUCCACUGUGCUUGUGGUGGUGCUGACCUUCCUCCCGUUGCUGAUGCUGAUCGUGGUCUAUGGGUUUUGGAAGAAGAGACACAUGGGAAGCUACAGCAUGUGCAGCGAUCCUUCUAGACGUGACCCACCUAGAAGGCCAGAGCCACUGUGGAAGCCUGCUUGAUCUGAGGCCACUUACACAUGGGUUGGGGAGCGUCUCCCAGAGUGGCCCCAGGGUGCUAGAGGAGGGGUGAAGAUUGGGGCCAGUCUGGAUCAGAUGAAACUGGAGGACUUGUGCAGUGCUGGACUCACCCAGGCCUUCCUAUAACCAGAGGCUGCCCUCCUGAGCAGCCCCACAGCCCGGUGUUUUCCUGGGCUGCAGGAAUCUGGGGAGGGACCCAGAGCAAAGGGCAUCAGGCAGGAAGUCCCAAGAAAAUGUGUCCAGUGGUUUCUGCUCAAAGCCGCAGACUCUGGCACUCUCGGUGGAGGGCAGGGGAACCCUGAGAGGGCUAUUUACAGAGAACCUCAGCUCCCGUCUGCCUCAGAAACCCUUACUAUCAGGCUGAGCUGCUCCUCCCACCAGCGCCACUGUGUCGUCUGCUUCCUUCUGCUCUGCUCCAGCUUCCCCUAAGCUUAGGGAAGAGAGUUGGGCUCACGAGUCUCAGAGGCGGCGAUGUCCCAUCCUGGAGGAGAGGAGACAGUGACUAAGAGCUGGGGACCCACAGAAGGAUUGGCACCUUCCCCCGUCAGGCCACGUGUCCUCUGCUGGACCUCUGCUGGCCCUGCCCUGACUGGGGCUGCUCCUCCCUCCUGUCCCGGGACCCUGCAGAGCCCAUGCUCUCACUGCUGCCACCUACUGGCCGCUACCCCCUAAGAAACACACAGCUAAGAGCCUCUAGGCUGCAGGGUCAGUUUCUCCCCAGACUGAAGUUGAGAGGCUGGACUUGGGGCUCUUUCCCCCAGCUUCUACAUCUGGGCUCCAGGUCUGAGUUCUCAUGGGGGACUCCCCCAGAGAGGGGAGUCUACUGACCAGCAGUGACUGGAAUAGCACCUAGGGAUAAAUGUGACAACUGUGCAUUCAACCCUGGGUCAGGGACGUUCCAAUGGCCAGGAAAGUGACACAGCCAGGACCCUGGUGAUCAGCCAGAGGGGCUCACUUCAGGAUGGAUGUGGGGAGAGCGGAAGGGGCAGGGAGUAAUCCUGGGGAACAGCCGGAAGGAGGAACUUCUUCCCUAUGUCCAGGAGGGGGCAAUAGAGGGAAUACUGAGGCUGAAGAACUGACAGCUCCGGUUCCAUCCAGGACACACACACACACACACACACACACACACACACACACACACACAUCUCUGUCUGGCAAGCAACCUGCUAAGAUAGCUGUUCUCCCUAUCAUGAGGGUGUGGCCACCACCCUGAUGUGUACUAGGAGGGAGCUUAACACACCUGGUUGAAAAUAGCUCCCCAAGAGCUCACACUAGCAGCACUGAUGGUCCUGCUUCCUCUGAGAGUGAGAUGCCUGCGGGGAGGAGCACUAGGGAAGAAGUCAGGGACAGGGACCUGAGAUGCCACUCUGUCACUGUGUGACCCUCAGCAAGUCACUAACCCUUGGCCCCAUUUUUCCUUGUGAAAGAGAAUAGUAAUUUCUACUUCUCAAGAUUGUUUUCAAUAUAAAAGAACAUAAGCAGUACAACGAUG